GGCUUCCAGGCUGUGCCUCCCCCUCCCCUCCACCCUGCCAUCCAGGCUGUUUAGGAAGGUGGUUUAUCAUGUAAUGAUAAAACUGAAUUUCCGCCCUCGCUGUUGACUCACUCCCUGUCCCUGAGCAAAGCUCUUCAUUCCUUCCUGGCCCUGGGUUUUCCCAUCAGUCAAACAGGACAAGGACAUUGCUCCAGCCCUCCAGGCAGCUCAGCUGCUCCUUUGAUUGUUUAAUGGUUUCAAGUGCAGGUGCUGAGCGGCCCCAGGAGUUGUGAGUUUGGGGCAGUUGGGAGGGCGGGGGUGCAAUGACCCCCCUGCCCCCCACAGUCACUUGGCUCACUUUGGUGCUGGAAGGGGAUGUGACCUUGUUCUCCUCACUCGUGGGAAGACUCCAGUGGAUGCCACGGGCACGGAAGAACAAGGACUUGGACGCAAUUUGGAUUAGCUAAACAUUAAGCUCUGGCCAGGUGGAAAUGAGCACCUGCAGCCCCGGAGCAGCAUUCCUGAGGGCCGGGUCACAGGAUGGGUUGGCUCAGUCCUUGUUUGCACUCUUUGCCUCCUCCCUGGCCAUCUCCCUGGUCUUUGCCAUCAUCCCCCUGUGCCACAAUGUGGUGGUGCUGGCUGUGGUCAUGGCUGUGGCAGGGCUGGCCAUGGGGUGCAUCGACACCAUCUCCAACAUGCAGCUGGUGAAGAUCUACCAGAAGGACUCUGCCAUCUUCCUGCAGGCCCUUCACUUCUUCGUGGGCUUUGGGGCCCUGCUGAGCCCCCUCAUAGCCGACCCCUUCCUGUCAGACACCAACUGCAUCCUGUCCAACUCGACAGCCAACGCCUCCAGCAACCUCCCUCACAUCCGAAAGUCCCUGGUGCCACACCACCCGGGCAACCUGUCCCACUACGACCUGCCCAUGAAGGGCAUGGUGGUGACCCGUGUCUCCUACGCCUUCUGGAUCAUGGCCCUCAUCAAUCUGCCGGUGCCCAUCGCCGUGUUCUUCCUGCUCUACAAGGAGAGGAUGGUGCCGUGUUUCAAUGGCAGCAGCCACCCCCUGCUGUCGGCCGAUGAACUGGCCAUGGAGACCCGGCCCGUGGACAAGGACGAGCUCUCCACCCCCGGGCAGAGACCCCAGGCAGCCGCAGGUCACGACGACUUAUUGAGCUGCUGCCAAAGCAGGAACUUCAGAGGGGCUUCCUACACCUACUUUGCAGUCCACGUCACCGGGGCUCUCGUUCUCUUCAUGACUGAUGGGAUUGUGGGGGAGUACUCAGGCUUCGUGUACAGCUACGCGGUGGAGGAGCCGCUGUCUGUGGUGCACAAGGUCGCCGGGUACCUGCCCAGCCUCUUCUGGGGCUUCAUCACCCUGGGCAGGCUCAUCUCCAUCCCCGUGUCCUACCGCAUGAAGCCGGCAACCAUGGUCUUCAUCAACGUGGUUGGAGUCCUCAUAACCUUCCUCCUGCUGCUGAUUUUCUCCUCCAGCGUCGUCUUCCUGUUCGUGGGCACAGCAUCCCUGGGGCUGUUCCUCAGCAGCACCUUCCCCAGCAUGUUGGCCUACACUGAGGACAUCCUGCAGUACCAAGGUUGUGCCACGACUGUGUUGGUGACUGGAGCUGGGAUUGGGGAGAUGGUCCUACAGCUGCUGGUGGGCUCGAUUAUCCACGAUCGGGGCAGCUACAGUUUCCUGGUCUGUGGGAUGAUCUUUGGAUGCUUGGCCUUCACCUUCUACGCCUUCCUGGUGUUUUUCCACAGGAUGUACCCCAAGCCCUCUCCAGAGCUGGACGAUGCCUCUCCCGACAAAGCAGCAGUGCCAGAUGACACGGGGCAGUACCAGCGCUGAGGAAGUGGCCAAGCUCUAGACAAGCAAUAAACCAUCCCCCCCCCCAAUUAAGCAUUACUCUCGAGGAUGAUUUCAACAUUUAAAAAGGACUGAAUCAUGCAAGUUCUCUGCAAUCAAAAGCACAUUUGGCUGGGUAAGUGAGAAUCAAGGAAACAUCCCAAAAACACCGUGGCACGAGCUGCCAGAGGCACUGGGACCAAAAGGACUUUAAGUGCCAGCCUGACCCUGAAAGGCGUGAGCAGAGAGGAUUUCCCAACAGUUCCUCCUGUAAAUGAACUUCCUUACCUGUUCAGGAUGGAGGGUGGGAAGGAAGAGGUUCUCUCUGCUCCACCUGUGACUGAAUGUCUCCUGGCUUGGUUAUUGAAUCAAACAGAUUAUUUUUCUGGCCUGUAAUGUACAGAAGCCCCCUGAAUUUACAGCACAAUACUGGAUUUUAAUUCAUUUUUGUGCAACAUGGACUCGAGUCGAUGUCACCUCCAUUUACCCUCCCAGAGGGGAACAGUUCCACACUGUCUGUAUUUGCACACUUGAUUCCUGUAUAUUCCACACUUACCUUCACUAAGACAGUGUCUUACUCAGCAUGCUCAGGCCUCUUGAUUAUUACAAUCAUUUGCUUUUCUUUUGUUUUUUUGUUUGUUUUUUUUUUUUUUUUUAAAGAAUGAGUUGUGAUGAGUUUGUUUUGCUUUAAGUCAGCCACUCACUUCAGCUGCUGCAGUGGCAGUGUCCUUUAGGGUGGUUUUAUUUCCAGCUUCCAACUGAAGCUUUCACCAGAGGUAUUUGGGAGCCAGUCUCCAGCUGCUUUACCUGUGCAAUAUUCUCAUCCAGGUGCCUUGUGUAAGGUACUCUCAUAGCCCACGCAUGGCCUGCUCCAGCUCCGGGGGAAGGACUGGCUUUAGAGGAAUGUAAAAGCUCCAAACAGCUCCUUCUUCAGUGAGUGAUUGGACAUGUUCUUCUUGCUUUAACUGCUGUAUGUGGAUGUACAUAUGUAUGUGUGUAUAUAAAGCAGUGUUUAAUUAAAGGUGAUUGAUUGCUAAA